GGGGGAAAUAUUCUUUGUAGAAUUUGAAAUAUCAUCUGCAAAGUCGUCAGCUUGAAAAUUUUGAUCGGGUUCGGGCUGUAAAGAAACAAAUCGAAACUUGAUUUUAUUCUUUGAAAUGCACUUUUGAUUUGAUUAUCAUGGCAACAUCAGAGACACCAGAACAGGAUUUAAACCCUGAGGUAUCCUUAUGUUCGAUUUGCUUAGAACAAUAUAAAUCACCAGUGAGUUUACAUUGUUCACACUCCUUCUGUCAAACGUGUCUAUCAACCCACAUUAAAUCGUCAUGUGGAGACUGUGACACGCCCCUCGGAUUUCCGUGUCCUCUGUGUCGCGUCUUUAUUCCGGCACCAGGAGAAAUAAAUCAGUAUUCUGUUGACGAAUGGGCAACGAAAUUUCCAGUAAACAAGUUCCUUACAUCUGUAGUAGGUGUUCCGGUUAUUUUGUGCAAACCUUGCCAAGAAGACGGAGAAGAGGUAAAAGCACAUAGCUGGUGCAAGGAUUGUUCCGAGGCGCUUUGUGAAGAGUGUACAAAGUGUCACAAAAAAUAUCGUCCUUCUCGCCAGCAUGAAGUGAUUUCUAUCACCGAAUUGUCAGGCAUAUCUCAAAUUCCAGAUACGCUGGAUAUAUGCGAGAACCACGGUCGUAAAUUUGAAUUAUUUUGUAGAAAACAUUUCCUCCCAUGUUGCUCUGUUUGUGUAACCAAAGAGCAUAGCAGUUGUACAAGUUUCUGUCAACUCGAGGAAAUUGGGAGGGAUUUCAUAGAACCUGAAAAAGUAAAACUUUUGCAGAGCGGAAUGGAGAAAUUCGGUUUGAAAUUAAAAGGCAUUAUUGGAGAAGAAAGAACAAACAUGAAACGAAAUGACGACAUAGUUGACACAUUUACAAAAGAAUUAUUGGAAUUUACCACAAAUAUUGUUCAAUUCGUAAAAAAACUGGAGGAAGACCAUUUGAACGAACUCUCCAAAUUAUCAAAAGAAAGCAAUUCCAAACUUCAAAAGUCUGUGGAAUCUUUCGAGCAAAGGUUUCUCUAUCUUGAAUAUUGGAAAGAAAUAUUGUUAAAGAAUCUGUCGAAUGAGACAGCAUCAGAAACCAAAAGAGUAUUAUCAUACAUCAAACUGAAAAACAUUCAUGAAAAUCUACAAAGAUUGAAAUACACGAAGUUAGAGAUUUGUAUUAAAACUAAAAUAUUAGACGAUGUAAAAAAGCUAAUUGAAUUGCCUUGUCUUGCUGAUGUGUCUGCGGAUGAGAUUGUAGAUCAAGUUUCUUUAAACAUGGAGAAUAUUGACUAUACACGUGCGAAAGGGAAUAAAAUUUCUGAAUUUGAAAUAGCAGGAACUCGUAUAAUGGGUGUGAGUUUCUUGGGUAAUGGUAAUCUGUUCUUAGCCGAUAAUAUAGGGAAAAGAUGCAUCCUUUGUGACACAAAUGGAGUUAUUUUACAGGAAACAAGAUUACCGGGAUCGCCUUGGGGCAUAUGUACAAGCGGGGUUGAUAUUCUCCUGACGCUUCCUACUAAAAAGUCGAUUUUUAAGUUUGACUCAACUUCAUUUGAAACUAUAGAAACUGUUCCUGUUGAUUGUCACUGCUACGGGAUAGCUGCAUCUGGAAACACAAUCGUCAUUGGUACAGAUAGAUCUGUUGACAUUAUAACUGAUGGUUUUCUUACUACAAAACGAAAAUCACUUUUAUCUGGCCUUAGAAGUAUGAGUGAUGUAGCAAUAGACAAUGAAAAUUAUGUGAUUUGUAGUACUUACUCUGAACACAUUGUCCGAAAACUAGAUUUAAGGGGAAAUGUGUUGUUCACUUACAAUCAUGAAAAACUAAGAGCCCCAUACAGAUUAACUACAGACAGUAAAGGAAAUAUAUUCGUAUAUGGUGCCGGCAGUAGCAAUAUCCAUAUCUUGUCAAGGGAUGGCAAACUUUUACAAAUUAUGGAAGGAAUGACAGAUGUAGCGUGCCUUAAAUUCCAAGAUACCACACACAAAUUAUUUGUCAGCAGUUCAAAUGGCAGUGUUACAGUCUUUAAAUUCAAUGAGAGUUAACAUUUGUUUCAGCCAAGUGUGUGAGUGCUUAUGAUGCUUUUAUGUGUCUUAAAACAGUUUGUAAAUCUCAAUA